GAGAUGCUCAAGAGAAGAUGAGGAGAUGAGAGUAUUCGACGAUAAUGAUGCAAGGAAACAACAAGGAGCGUGUCAUGUUGCAGGCAACAAUGAAGCCCAUGAUGAAGACUUGCAGCGGUAUGGUAGGGUAAGCGGUUGUGAGGAACAAGCUUCAUCGCAGCAAGAUGAAAGCGAUCACGGGAAGGCGAUGCUGGAGAGCCCUGCAGUGAACAUAACUCCUAAAGGAUCUUGGAGGAGGAUGGAGGAACUUAGAAACAGAGCAGGCUCCAUGAGCGAGAGUAGCGAUGAGGACACGUGCGAUGAAGAAUACCUCAGGCGGCAUCUGCCAUAUGAACGCUCCGAGCAACAUGCCUCAGUCAGAGUGUAUGCCGACGACUCCUGUACCUCGUGCAGUUUCCUGGCAGAGGCAGAGUCUAUCCUUGACAGCUCAUGUAGUUUCAUCCAGUCCUCUCCUGCCGCUAAACUGGAAGGGAGUUUCAACGGUGCAGACGUACUUGAAGACGAGCUGCGAGAUUCUCAUCGCAUACGAGGUGCCAACGAACUUCUUGCCAGCUCCUGUUGAGAUUCAUAAGAAAGACUUUAAUGUGUUGCAUC